UCUAAAAGCAUUUUCAUUGCCUAAUUGCAUCAUGUUAAAGGAAAAACUCAUGUGAUUAUGUAUUUCUGCUUUACUUGAUUUUCAAAGUUGUGAUUUUUUCACGGCACAUUAGUGCACAAUACGAUAGUUUUUUAAACUAUAGUUUUCUGUUGGAUAUUCUAUUUUCAUGUUAUUAAGUGUGUGAUUUUCACACUGACACACAUGUGUUGUUUGAUAAUAUGUCUCAAAGAACUGAACAAUAUUAUUUUACUUCCUUUGACAUUUUGUUAUGCUCUUUUCUCUCUUCUUUGAUCCAUUUUAUGUCACUUUGUAUCUAUGAAGUACUUUGAGGCAUGUAAAUGUUUAAUUUGUAUUUUAGAAAAGGAGUUUGUGGUUUUAACUUUUAACCCAAGGUUCAAAAUUAAGUUUUUCAUUCAAUAUCUCAUUUUAUAAAUGGACCAAAACUAUCCAAUUCUCCAAAUGCAAACUUUCAAUUUCAAUGGGAAUAAACAGGCCAGGAAUGGAAGUUGCUUUACGGUAUUAUGGGCAAUUCCAUUGCUAGUUGAUCCUCAAAUUCUACUUUAUAUAAGGAAGUGGAAAACUGAGAAGAUCUCCAGAAAAUCAAGAUAUCAUCGAAUGCGAAUAGAUCCUACAUUGUUGUGUCCCUUGAUAACCCAGGAACAACAAAUAGUAAUGUGCAGACACCGAAAAACAGACAUAUGCAAGCAGUUGAAGAAUUUUUGUUUCCAUGGCACAUUGCAUAGUCCAAAACUGUGACACCUUCUUUUCUUCUUCUUUGUUUUGAAUUUUUUUUGGGUGCACAUUGUGUUAUUAAUCAACUGAAACCGCAAGAUGAAUUGAAAUCUGAAAAAUGAUAAACUUUUUUUAAACUA